UUUCAGUAACAAAAUGAAUAUCUUUUAUUGCCGAUUAUUUUUUCUCUGUUUCUCUGUGUUUUUAAAGUGAAUGUUGUGACAGAGUCAUUGAGAAACCUGUCAUACAAAUCAGAUAUAAACAAGUAAAUAUGCUACCAAUUCAGCAUAAAGUAAAUUAUAGUUAGGUAGAAAGAGAACUAUUAAUCAUAGCUGCGUGUCACUGUGUUGUUAGAACGUUGUAGCCCCUAGAACAAUGGGAGUAUACUACAAUUUCAAUGGGCAGGCAAAGAUUAUUGAUUACUUUUUCCUGUUUGUGCAGUCCCAGAUCACGUUAUUUGUCACAGCUUCCGCUUCUGAGAUCAAGUUUUGUAAUAUGCUUUUUUGUCUGUUUUAUGACCAUAAAGAUCAUAAAACCAUUACGCAUUUAUAUUAGCACAUGUACUGUCUUGGUGCCUCAAACAGGAAACAGUAUAAUUCCCGUCAUCUCUCUCUUCGCAGAGGCCUAUAAAUGGACAUUCUUCAUUACUCAAUGAAAAGGGAUGAACAUUAGUUUGGAAGACCAAAUGAUCUUUACAGGAUUAUAACACAAAGGAAGAAAAAUCAUAGCUCUUGCCUGUAGACUAUGUACGGUUUAGUACAUUAUAUGUAAAUAGUUUUUUACGUUGAUUAUGACUGAUCAUGUUCAAAUAACACUGCACAAUUACUUUAAACCAUUUCCAAACUUUUUUGAUGUUUUCAUUGAAUGCAUUUCUGAUUUACAAAAUACCAUUUGAAGAUACUUGUUCAGGGCUGUUUGUGUAACUUACAAAAGAGCUAACAAUAGUUUCCCUUUUUCUUGCUUUACACCUUAAAUAUGUCGCAUGAGCUAUAUGAGUAACAUUACUGCCUGUUUAUAUGGUGCUUUUCUCCUAUGCCGUCUGAAAAUACCAAGCCAAACAGAAGUCUUAAUUCUGAAAAAUUUAUCUAGGCACAUCAAUGCACAUAAUCCUACUGAAAUCAGCAGCACUAAUUAUGCAAGUGAAGGUUAACAGAAUCGGGUUUCAUAUCUGGUACAUGCUGUGUUUACUUCAGACUGCUCUUACAAUGUAGAUAUCUCUAGGGUGGAUUGUUCAUUUAAAGAUUGCAUUUUUAAUGGUCUCAUUCUCUUCCCAGUUUUGCUUAAUAAAUGCAAAUGUUGUAAUGUAUAACUUUUUAAACCAUUUAACCUGUAUUCUUCUUAAAACAAAGUUGGAAUUUGUCCAGACUUUUGGUCCUGAUGGUUGUGUGAUGUGUUGUGUUCCUAGAGAGUUUACAAUCAUUCACUUUGCGGAUCAGGGAGAAUGAUGUUCUGUUUUUUGUUGUUUCAUUUGAAUGGCUUUAUAUUUGUUAAGAAGCACAAUGAGUCAUUCAUUUUUGAUUAGUUGAUUAAUGACAUUGCAUAUGUGCACUGUUGUUGCAGAAUAUGAGAUUUCUCUAGCCAACCAUUCCCGUUUGCCAAUGCAGUCUAAUAACUGGGCUUUGGGAGGGGAUGAAAGGAGUGACUAUUACAGUUUGCAUGAAAACAAAAUUUUUCUUAACUAGUAAUUUAAAGAAAAACACGGUGCUUAUUCUCCUGGGACAGUUUUAUCUUUAAGCAAUACCUGUUAAAAUAGCUGCUUUGACUCUGAUUGCCCUCAUUCCAGUAAAAGGAGCAAGCCUAUGAAACAGAAUCUAAUUCUGAUACAACUUACACUUGUAUCAGGUCCUGCGUCCAACUACAGAAAAAUGAAAACCUGCCCAGCCCUUGGUUUCUUCCUCCUCUUUGUGAUCAGCUACGGCUCUUCCGCAAACUCGAGCACGUCCAGAGGGUGCGGACUUGAUCUCCUCCCUCAGUAUGUUUACCUGUGUGACCUGGAUGCCAUCUGGGGAAUAGUACUGGAGGCAGUUGCGGGAGCAGGUGUGCUCACAACCCUGCUGCUGAUGCUGAUUUUGCUGGUGAGGUUGCCCUUCAUAAAGGACAAAGAAAAGAAGAGCCCGCUGGGAAUGCAUUUCCUCUUUCUUUUGGGGACUCUAGGACUGUUUGGGCUGACGUUUGCUUUCAUCAUACAAGAAGAUGAAACAGUGUGUUCCACCCGAAGAUUUCUGUGGGGAGUUAUCUUUGCUUUGUGCUUCUCAUGCUUGCUUGCUCAAGCCUGGAGACUUCGUAGACUAGUUCGACAUGGGAAAAGUCCAUCUGGCUGGCAUCUAGCUGGUGUGGCAAUCUGCCUGAUGCUCGUUCAAGUCAUUAUUGCAACUGAGUGGUUAAUACUGACAGUUGUGAGAGAUAACAAGCUGGCCUGCAAUUAUGAACCAAUGGAUUUUGCUAUGGCUUUGAUUUACGUUAUGUUCCUGAUGGUAUUCACCAUGGGAUUUUCUCUUUUCACUCUUUGUGGAAAGUUUAAGAAAUGGAAGAAAAAUGGAGUAUGCCUCAUUAUAACGCUCUUUUUUUCCAUUCUGAUUUGGGUAGCCUGGAUGACUAUGUACCUCUUUGGUAACGCUGAACUGAAGAGAAAAGACAAAUGGAGUGAUCCCACUCUUGCUAUCGCACUGGUGUCCAGUGGCUGGGUGUUCGUUAUUUUUCAUGCUAUACCAGAGGUCCACUGCACCAUCCUUCCAUCACAACAGGAAAACACACCCAAUUAUUUUGAUACUUCACAGCCAAGGAUGCGCGAAACUGCUUUUGAGGAAGAUAUACAGCUUCCUCGGAGCUACAUGGAAAAUAAAGCCUUUUCAAUGGAUGAACAUAAUGCAGCACUAAGAACGGCAGGAUUUCGAAACGGCAGUUUGGGAAGCCGACCUAGUGCUCCUUUUAGAAGCAAUGUUUAUCAGCCAACUGAGAUGGCAGUUGUGCUAAAUGGUGGGACUAUACCAACUGCUCCGCCAAGUUACACUGGACGACACCUCUGGUGAAAGGCUGUAGGCUCUAGAAAAUAAGAAUCUUUGUUACAGAUUUUGUUUCCUGGCAGUGUGUCUUUGAGGGAGGAAUCCAUAACAAUACGAGAACAAAGCAACAAAACAUCCAGGAGCUUUCAAAAUCCUACAGAGGAUUUUAUGUAAAUGUGAACACCACUUCACUGAUAAGCUACAUGCGAAAAUAAAAUUGUAAAACUGAAGCUGAAUCUAAUUUAAAAUAGAAGUAGGCACACUUUAAAAUGGAAGAGGGGAUCUUGUAUUCUGAAAUGUAAGAAAUACUCUGUCUGUAACUAGUGUGCGAGGCAAGCCUGAUAUUUUUGUUGUUGUUGUUGUUGGUUGCCAGUUGCUUGCAAAAUACCCUCCUCUCACCUAAACUUAAUUCAAGUUGCCACAAGAGAUUGCCAAUACAAUGUGAAAACAUACAGGAUUUAUUUCCCUUUUGCUCUUUUUCCCUUCAUUUCAAAUGUCAUGAAAAGUACCUUGUUUGCUUCGUUAUCUAUCUGUACUGUAAUGUCAUUUAGCAUCACAUGUAGCUAAGCAUUUUCACUCUGUGGCAACUAAAUUACCAUUACACUGUACAUUGAUACUCUUUUCUCUUUAAAAAGACCAUGUAUGAAAUGCAGUUACGGAGAGAUGAAAUAUCUACGCAGGUUUCAUGCAAGUUAUGGAGCUUCUUGAGGCAGAGGGAAAAAGUGUAGGUGCAGCAGAGAGUCAGGUCUCCUCAGCAGCGUGGAAUCAGGUUCCCCGUUACCCUGCCGCAGCCCCGGGGGCGAGCAAAGAGCUGUGUGUCCUAAGUGCUCCUGCAGAUGAAGCUGUUAAAUGAAACUCUGGAGGGAUAUACUUUGGCAGAGACUUAGCUGGGGAGAGAAUGUGGCUCAAGUUUGCCAGAAGGUCUCUGUGCUGGUGGAUUGAAGGAAACCAGCUGUGCUGCGCAGGACAGGUUGUUCUGUUAGGCUGGUCUUGCUGAGGAGGAAAUUGGUGGCAGCUGAAAAGUACUGAUCGCCUUUCAGGAGGGACUCAGCAGCAUGUAGGAUCAAGCCCUCUGAUUCUCAUCUCUAUUCACAUGAGUAGUCCCAUUGACUGCAACUGUUCGUGCAUUUAAAUGUGGUUGUGCAUUUUAGUGCCUAGCGAGUAGAAUCUCCGUUCUGGAGGUGGUUUGUUGUUAUUUUACGUUCUGACGGCGGUUUCUUCCCUGCUCCUCCCCUGCCCCUCCACUCUUCUGAGUUGAUAGAAGGCAGACUUUCUCAAGACUUAUCUUUGCUUUCUCCAGGUUAUUUAAAAAGUUCCCAUUGCCCAUUAUUUGUGCCAUGGUUUUCAUUAUGUUUAAGCAAAUCAUUCCUUUAUUUAACAUUUAAUACAUAUCAGACACUGAAAACAUCAUUGUAUCUUCACUGUUUGGCCAAUGUUAAUCUUAGCUUUCCUCAAUACUAGAAGCAAAUUGCUUUUACUUGAGGGCAUAGGAUACAUAUAAGGAUUAAACUUUGCAUAUGCUGUAAUAAAAAUAUAUAUUUUCAAACUAAAAAAAUAUAAUGUACAAAUAACUGAAUAGCUUAGUAACUUCACAGAAAGAAGUUACUUUCUGUAUUCUGCAAAAGAAAGACAAGCUUUUUAUUUUUAAAGAGUCUUCCUGAUUCUUCAUGUACCUCCAUUCCUACUGAAUUAGGAACCGAGUCCUGCAGACUUGUACUCCUACGAAUAGUCCCAUGAACAUCAGCAGGUCUACAUACAGGCAGUACAAAAGCUGCAAGACCCGUCCCUAAGUGUUGCACACAGAUAUAUAUGUGUAUAUAUAUAUAUGAAAAAAUAUAUAUUGCCAUUCUUGCCAUGAUCAUCUUACAGGGUUUUAUUUCAAAGCCCUUCUCUUCUAGAAGCAAUAUUUUUCUGUCAUGCAUGAUUAAAGGAGCACGUUGGCUCCAUGUCAGUUGUUGCCCCUGCCCUUCCCUCCUCAAGGCAAAGGGAGCAUGUGCUUGUUUUAAGGAUGCCUUUUUUUUUUUUAUUUUUUAAGUAAGCAGAUGGUCUAAGUAACCACGUAGGGUAGGGGUGGAUAUUGCAUGCUAUCUAGUGACUUAGAAAUACAUUUUGCUUGUUAAAAACAAAGUUUUGAUCAAAUAAGGUAGUAUUUAUGAUAAUGAUAGUUACCCAGAAGUUGCAUCAUUUGGAGCAAUAUAAAACCUAUUGAUCAUCACUUGCCUACAGAAGUUUAUUUUUAAAAUACAUGAAUAAAAUCUCAGUAAACUAUUGUAAAAACAUAUAAGAUGACCAUGGCAUAAAUGGUAGGACAGCUUUCAUCCUACAGCUGAGAUUUGUGAAUUAUAAUAUGCAUUUUACAUACCUUGGACAAAAUCUGUACAAGAUCUCCAGAGGUCCCUUCCAACCUAAAAGAUUCUGUGAUUCUGUGAUAUAGUUACCUUAAGAAAUGUUUGGUUUUUUUCUAGAUGUGACUUAAUUGAUAAAUAGAGUUCCCAAUCCUACUCUUAAUGAAACUGAUUGGCCGUGUCUUUGCAUAAGGCCUCUAAUUCCAGAUCCUAAAAACCUCUUACUCAUGUGAC